GGAGGGGCGCGGCUUGGCUAGAGGGGGCGUGUCUGUGGGCGUGGCUUAGUCAGGGGGCGGGGCUGAGCCCAGCGCGCGCGCGCGAAGAUGGCAGCGCUGAGCGGAGACCUCGGACUGGAGAGGGACGUGGGUCGGGCUCUGGAGCUGUUGGAGCGGUUGCAGCGCAGCGGCGAUUUCCCCCCCCAGAAGCUGCAGUCGCUGCAGCGCGUCCUGCAGAGCAAAUUCUGCUGCGCCAUCCGCGAGGUCUACGAGCAGCUCUACGACACUUUGGCCAUCGCGGGGUCCCCCGAGAUCCGCGCUCACGCCACGGCCAAGGCGACGGUCGCCGCCUUCGCCGCCAGCGAGGGUCACGCUCACCCGCGGGUGGUGGAGCUCCCCAAAACCGAGGAAGGUUUGGGGUUCAACAUCAUGGGGGGCAAAGAGCAGAACUCGCCCAUCUACAUCUCCCGCGUCAUCCCGGGGGGGGUCGCCGACCGCCACGGGGGGCUCAAGAGGGGGGACCAGCUCCUCAGCGUCAACGGCGUGAGCGUGGAGGGGGAGCAGCACGAGCGGGCGGUGGAGCUGCUGAAGGCGGCGCAGGGUUCGGUGAAGCUCGUGGUGCGUUAUACGCCGCGAGUGCUCGAAGAGAUGGAGGCGCGGUUCGAGAAGCUGCGGAGCGCCCGACGCCGCCAACAGCCCGGCUACGCGUCACUGGAAUCGAGGGGGUAGAAGCCCCCCCUGACCCCUUUGGACCUCCCGGACACCCCCAAAUCCCUCCUCCAGCGUUCCCUCAACCCCUCCCAUGGGGUUAUUUUUGGGGGGGCCCCCCCUGCGCCCCCCCCUUGUACAGUAUUUAUUGCCCCCCCCUAUUUAAAUCCU